GAAGAUUGGUCUGAAUGUACUGAACAACCCACUCUUUAACCUUCAUGCUACCACAGGUCACUGCACUCCCCGGGGGGUCACUUUUUUUCUAUCAUUCCAAUUUUGUCAAUUCAAAUGUUUCUCAUUACUUCUUUUUAUUACGUUCUGUCGAUGUUUUAUUUUGUGCUUUUUAAAUGAUGAUUUUAAAUACCAAUGUACCUUUUUGGGGUCACAUGACACAAUGGAGCCUCUUUGCCUUCUCCACAGAGAAUAAUAAUUAACUACAAACAUAUCAUGAAAAAGGGAACUGGAACCGAUUCAACUUCUUCAAUUCAUAUGCUACUUCUUUCACAGAGCCGUGAGUUGUGAGCACAAGACACAUUGUUGGUUGUGUUUAACUUCAGCAUAGUUUUUUAAGGAUUGCAAACUUUUUUACGGGUUUUUAAAGUUUGUCAUAAGGAAUCAGAACAGUGCAUGCACAAUGACCAUCACCGCUUGGAGGACCUUGCUGCUGCUCUGUCUGUGUUGCCAUUAUGAGAUCCAGCCUGCUGCAUGUAAACCUCCGUGGAUGAGAUCGCAGUUCCCUUGUGAUGUCACAGCCUCCAAUACUGCUGAGGUCCUAUUUGACUGUAAAGGGCGUGGUCUGCUAAGUGUACCUUUUGGGAUAACCACGAAUGCAACUAAACUGGACUUAUCAGAAAACUCCAUCAAGAAUAUUUCGGUUGAUUCGUUUUCCAACCUGCUGAAUCUGACUCAACUCACACUCAACAUGGCAAACAAUAAAGACCCAGUGAUGAUUGCUCCCAAUGCUUUCAGAAAUCUGACAAAACUGCGAGAACUGAGACUGAUUGACAACCGUCUGAAAGAAAUUCCUGGAAAUCUCUCUGACACUGUGAAAUACCUCGACCUGAGCAUUAACCAUAUUAUGUUGUUGGAUAACAGGAGCCUCGCCGGCUUAACACACCUGACUCAUCUAUUGUUACAGAGAAACUGCGACAUCUGGAACCCUUGUGGGAGAUCUGUUACGAUCAUGGAAGGCAGUUUUGCAGUAAUGACAACACUGUUGAUUCUGAACUUGUCUUGGAACAACUUAACAGAAGUUCCCAGAGGAUUACCCAAAUCAUUACACAGGCUACAUCUAGGUUCCAACAGAAUCCAGGAAAUAUCUAAAGAUGAUUUGCAGUUACCAAAUUUAAUAGUCCUACAAAUAGAAGGGAACUGUCCAAGAUGUACAAAUGCUCCAUAUCCUUGUGUUCCUUGCCAAAACGAUUCUCUUAGUAUCCAUCCUAAUGCGUUUGACAAUCUAACACAGCUCACAACGCUAAACCUGGGAGGAAACUCACUGGACCACUUGAAUCCCUCCUGGUUUAUGAAGCUGAAAAAGCUUCGAAGAUUGUUCCUGAUGUUCAACUUCCUAAUAAACGCAAUUACUGGGCAGGCACCAUUUCUAACGCAUCUCCCAACGUUAACAUUGAUUGAUAUCUCUUUCAACUUUGGUCUUAGGUCAUACCCCACAACAUUAAAUCUCUCAAAAGAUUUUUCUAAACUCGUGGCUCUCACAUCUUUACAUUUGGAGGGUUUGGUGUUCCAGAAUAUUGGAACGGAAACACUCAGCCCUCUGUACAAUCUUCCAAACCUGUCUCUACUCAACUUGGGGACUAACUUCAUCAUUCACUCGAAAUCCACCAUAUUCCAAAAAUUUAUCAACCUGAAAUUAAUAUACCUUGCAGAAAACCGUCUGUAUCCCAGCCAUGUGAAAAUGACCCCACAGCCGAGUGACGGAGACGAUCAGGGGUCGGACCUUUUUGCUUCCCCGCUCAAUAAACCUCAUCCGAAAGUUUGUGAUUAUGAACUAUCACACAGACUUAUAAAAAGGGAGUGCUUUGACUCUGGACGAGUGCUAGAUCUCAGCUCAAACAAUCUAUUUUUCAUUACUCCAAAACAAUUUCAGGGCUAUGAAAAUAUUGCAUGCCUGAACCUCUCCGGUAAUGGGUUUUCAGCAGCACCUAAUGGAACCGAGUUCUCCACGCUGCCUAAUCUGACAUACCUAGACCUGUCAUUCAAUAAAAUUGAUCUGGCCUAUGACAACGCCUUCAACGAACUAAAGCAACUAAAAGUGCUAGACCUCAGUAACAAUGAUCACUACUUUAAAGCAUACGGUAUAACGCAUAAUUUAAAUUUCACACAAAAUCUGCCUGCUCUGAGGGUGCUGAAUAUGAGUCAUAAUUCCAUUUCCACAUUAACAACAAAAAGGAUGUACAGCAAAUCCUUAACAGAACUUCAGUUUACACAAAACCGUCUUGGGACUCUUUGGAAGGAAAAUGAUGGCUCGUAUGAGAUGCUUUUUACUAAUCUUACUAAUUUGACCAUUUUAGAUAUAUCCUGCAACACGAUUGCAAAGAUUCCAGACAGUGUGUAUGAAUAUUUGCCACCUAACCUCAUCACACUACGCAUAAAUCACAAUUCGCUUACUGAUUUUACAUGGGACAAACUCAAGUUUUUCCAUCAACUUCAAAUUUUAGACCUGAGCUUCAAUUCUUUAUCGAAUGUGACAAGUAUAAACUCAAACAUCUCUUUGACUUUCCUUGACCUGAGUCAUAAUAACAUUUUCCACUUGGACAAUUGGUUUCUGAAGGGUGCAAAAAGCCUCACGACUCUUAACCUCAGCAACAAUAAACUGACCACAAUCAAUCAAUCCACCUUCCAAUCCAAAUCUCAGAUUCAGACUUUGUUCUUGCAGAAAAACCCGUUCCAGUGUACCUGUGAUUCAUUAGAUUUCAUUUUGUGGAUUGAAAACAGCGGUGUGAAGAUCCCUAGACUGACCACCGAGGUGACAUGCGACACACAAGCAAACCAGAAGGUUCACGCUCUGAUCUACUUUGACAUCAAACAGUGUGUAAAUGACAGUCAGGCGUUCUUGAUCUACACUUUCACACAUUCCUUCAUUAUUAUCUUCCUGUUUAUGGCAACAGUUGCUCACUUGUUUUACUGGGAUGUGUCCUACGUUCUUCAAUAUAUGAAAGCUAAGCUGAAGGGAUACCGAUCUCUGAACUUACCAGACUGUGUUUAUGAUGUCUUUGUGACGUACGAUACCAGAGAUCCACAUGUCUCUGAGUGGGUGAUGACUAAUCUGCGAGUGGAACUAGAGGAGGAAGGGGAUAAGCGUCUUCCUCUGUGUCUGGAAGAGAGGGAUUGGCCCCCUGGAGCCCCACUGGUGGAGAACCUCGCUCACAGCAUAAGGUACAGUCGCAAGACCCUGUUCGUCUUGACCGAGGCCUUCGUGAGGACCGGGGUUUUCAAGCUGGCGAUGUGUAUGGCCCACCAAAGACUGCUUGAUGAAAACGUGGAUGUGAUCAUGCUGCUGAUGCUGCAACCCGUCCUGCAGCAUUCUCACUUCCUUCGCCUGAGGAGGAGGAUGUGUGAGAAAAGUGUCUUGGAGUGGCCAAGAACAGCUGCUGCAGAGCCCUGGUUCUGGCAAACCUUGAGGAAUGUGGUCAGAGUGGACAACCAGGUGAUAUGCAACAAGACUUAUUCAAAGUACUUCACCAUCAAGUGAACCAACGACUAUUGUCUGGGAAUGAUUUAGCCCUGUCUGUAAAAUAAUGACAAUCAUAUCUGGAGCAUGUGUACAAUUAUUGUUCUAUGUUUACUCUGAUGUGCUCCUGCAUACCUUGUAUUACUCUGCCUUUGGCUUAAUUGAAGCCAAAUAAAGACAUUGAUAUGUGUGCUUUGUAUACAAUUAUAAUGAAUGUCAAUUGAAUGUAUAUAAAAUAAAUCAAUUCAAUUUAAA